UAGAAUUUCAUGUUCGUCAUUUUCGUCAUUUUUGUUGAUUCUUGUGAAAAAAUUUGUUCCAACUAGAACGUUCAAAUUUUUGGAAAUUGAAAAUGCAACGACUACCUUGUAUUAUUACGAGAAAUAUGGCAUUUCUAAGUAAAGCCAGAAUGUCCGGCGAGCCGGGAUCUGGUGCCGGAAAAGGAGGCGGUGGCGGUGGUUCCAUUCGAGAAGCUGGUGGAGCAUUUGGCAAAAUGGAAGCUGCCAGAGAGGAUCAGUUCUUUUAUAAUCAGCAAAAGCAACAAUUAAAGAAUUUACGUGAUGGACUUCAUGAUGAGAUUUCUUUCCAUGAGGAGCAAAUUAAACGUCAUCAGGAAGCAAUCAGCCGUCACAAAAAUAGAAUUUCCGAUAUGGAGCAUAAAUGAGCAAAUUAAUUUCAAAACUUGUAUAGAAUUGAAAUAUUCUAUAUGCGUCUCGUGAAACAUAAUUUAUCCUUGAGAUAUCGCAGAGAGUAAGCAUUGUAGAAAUUUAUUUUCAAUUUUUUUUCUUUUUAUUAAUUAUUGAGUUUGUUAAAAUCAAAAAUAAAUAUCUUGUUUUUACUGUUUAA